CGUAGGAGUUGCCCAUCGCCAGGCCAUCUUCUUCUUCCACCGCGCAAAAUCACGUAUAAAUAAAAAUUUCGUUGGGACGCCGAGAAAAUCAAAAUAAUAGCAUCCAAACCCAAACAAUGGCCGAAUUCUCAGUGGAACGCGUCGAGGACAAGCGGACGGUGAACGGGCGCACCGAGUACUACCUGAAGUGGAAGGGCUAUCCGCGCAGCGAGAACACCUGGGAGCCGGUGGAGAAUCUCGACUGCCCCGAUCUGAUAGCCAACUUCGAGGAGUCGCUGAAGAACAACAAGAAGGAGACCAAGAAGCGCCUGUCCACCUCCUCCACGCCGGACUCCAUUCGCAGCAAGCGCAAGAGCUUCCUGGAGGACGAUGCCGAGGAGCAGAAGAAGCUGAUUGGCUUCGAGCGCGGUUUGGAGCCCUCGAAAAUCCUGGGCGCCACCGACUCGUCGGGCCAUCUGAUGUUCCUGAUGAAGUGGAAGGGCAGCGACCAUGCGGAUCUGGUGCCCGCCAAACUGGCCAACAUCCGGUGUCCCCAGGUCGUCAUCCAGUUCUACGAGGAGCGCCUCACCUGGCACACGGGCAGCGGCAAUGGUAAUGGCAAUGGCAACGGGAACACCGGCAAUCUGGCCUCGGGCAGUGUGGGUGGCAGUGGCGCCGGCGACGACACGGCUCCCGGCAGCGUGGGCACCAUCGGCGGCGGCAGCAAUGCCGGCGAGGGCGGCGACGAGGAGCAGGAGGAGCAGGAACAGGAGGCCGAACCGGCCAGCCCCGCCGGCAGCGUCAGCCAGGACCAGCAGGAGCCACAGGACCAGGACGAGAACGCCAAGCCCGAGGAGAGCAGCGAGCUGGACAAUGGCCAGCCGGAUGCCGACGACUAGUUGGAUUCUAGAUGGAUACAUACACGCCGUCUUAACAAUUUCGAUCUAUACAUAAUAUAUACAUAUUUGGUAGCGUAGCCCGUAAGCUUAACGAUCGAUGAUUAACUGAAGUUCUUGUAGUACAUACUUAAGCUAUAAGUUGAAAUGUGACAUUUUUUUUUAAAUAUCACCCUCUUAUUUCGAAUCCCCCGAAAAAUGUUGUUGGAGGAGCACAAAAAUCUCUGUGUAAAAUACAAUCGACCCGACGAAAGGGGAGCGGCAUUAGGGAGCUUAAGUUCGGGAAUUCCGACGAUCCUCUUAAUCCAUUUAUUUUGUUUGUUUUUUUGUGACCACUGUAAAGUAAUAAAGUUUGCACAUUUUCAAA